GCGCCCCGGCGCCGCGUGAGAGACUGUAAUAGCGGCGGCUCCCAGGUGAGCAUAGCGCGAGCUCCCCUUUUGUCGCUCCCCCGGGCGCGCCCGCCACCUUCCCCGCGGUUCGGGAUCCGUUUCCCGUCUCCAGCGCCCAGGCGGCGGCGAGCACUCGGAUAUAUUUUUGCCAUCAUGGAUCGGUUUGAAGAUAUAUCAGAAGGUGAAGUAGACCAUUCUUUCUUUGACAGUGACUUUGAAGAAGCAGCAAAGAAAUGUGAAAGUAACUUAGUUGUGGACAAGCAAAAUUAUGAUCCUAAAGAGAGAAUAGAUAAGAGCACAGGAAAUAUAAACUUAAAAUUUGGAAUACAAAACAAAUGUUAUCUUACUGAGAAGGGAAAUGAAAGAAAAGCAAAACUUCUUUCAGACGAACAUCUUGUAAAGAAUGAUAUUUUGCAAACCAGUUCUUCAUUGACCACUUCUUCAGGAUCAAAAAAAUUGUAUGAUGCUGCAACAGGUCAUAAAAUACACUUGCCCAUUCCAAGUAGAAUUCCCAAAAUUGUAAAAGAAGGUGAAGAUGAUUACUAUACUGAUGGAGAAGAAAGCAGUGAUGAUGGGAAAAAACAUCAUGUAAAGUCCAGGUCAGCUAAAGCAUCUAAUAACUUCAAAAAAAGCAUGAGCAAAAAGUAUUCCAAAGUUAGUUCCUCUUCCUCUUCUUUGUCUUCCUCAUCUUCAAGUUCAGGUACAGACUGUUCAGAUGCAGAAUCAGACAUCUGUAAAUCUCAUUCGCGUCCAUCAUCAAGGAAACCUAUAUCUGGUGUAACCCUCUUAUCACCAAAACAGAAAUAUAAGUCAAGAAUAAAAUCAGCAGGAGCACAACCCUAUUCAAGUACUAAGCCAAAAAUCAAUGACUCUCCAGAGGAAUCUGAAGAUACUGUGACAGAUGUAACUCCUUUAUCAACUCCAGACAUUAGCCCUAUUCAGUCUUUUGAAUUGGGUGCAUCAAAUGACCAAAAAAUAAAAGUUAAAAGGCAAGAAAAUGUGAGUCAAGAGGUAGAUGAAGAUGUUGAGGUUUUAAAAAAUGAUUCAAAACAUUUGAAAACAGCCAGGAAAGGGAAAGAAAAAUGUGGACCUAAUCUCACCCCAAAUUCACCGGAUUCUGAUUUAGAUCAUAGGUAUAAACAGAAAGUCUUACAUGACACAAUGGAUCUGAAUCAUCUCUUAAAAGCUUUUCUGCAGUUAKAUAAAAAGGUACCUCAAAAACAUCACUUUGAUCAGCCUUCAGUAGUACCUAGAAAAAACUACUCUUUCACAAGAGAAGAGGUGCGAAAAAUUGAUCKGGAAAAUCAGAGGCUUUUGAAAGAACUGUCAAGGCAGGCUGAGAAGCCCRGAAGCAAAAGUGCAAUUCCCAGAAGAUCAAUUGGUCAUCCCCCUAAGUUAUAUCAUAGUGCUCUCAAUAGACAGAAGGAACAACAAAGGAUUGAAAGAGAAAAUUUGGCUUUAUUGAAAAGGCUUGAAGCUGUGAAGCCAACAGUUGGUAUGAAACGCUCAGAACAGCUGAUGGACUAUCAUCGUAAUAUGGGUUAUCUCAACGCUACACCACCUUCCAGACAAGUGAGAUCUGCACUUGGCCAAUACAGCCCAUUAAGUAAGCAUACUUAAAACUUUUUUGUACUUUUUUGUAUACUUUCUUCAAAAAAUAUAUAUAUAUA